UCUGUUAUAUACCUUCGAAUUUUUUGUUUUCUUUAGGGUUUUAUUCCUUCAUGCAGCCAAACUUAGCCAAACUCUGAGUUUGUAUCUGCCACAUUCCUAGGGUUCUCUUCUUCGGAGGUUUCCCUGCCGCUACUUAUUUUUUCGCCAGCAUGGUUCUGCAGAACGAUAUCGAUUUGCUUAAUCCACCGGCUGAGCUUGAGAAGAGAAAGCACAAGCUCAAGCGUCUUGUUCAGUCUCCUAAUUCUUUCUUCAUGGAUGUGAAAUGCCAAGGUUGCUUCAACAUUACCACUGUAUUCAGCCACUCUCAGACAGUCGUGGUGUGUGGAAACUGCCAAACAGUCUUGUGCCAACCUACAGGUGGAAGAGCAAGGCUAACGGAGGGCUGCUCGUUUAGGAAGAAGGGAGACUAAUGGAGUGGUAUCUUCUCUUUUAGCCUUUGGUUGGAGAGUUUUGUUUUCUUUGGGAUUGAUCAAUGGUUUUGUCAUGUUUGAGUUAUGAUAUAUUUAAUUUUGCUACAUUGCAAGACUUUUUUUUUCUCCAAAGACUGUAAUGAGACCAAGCAUUUUUGUUUAGUCUAUUAUAUUGCAACAUGAUUUUGGCUGUCCUGAGUUAUAAUUUUUCCCUGCUA